AAAGUUGAACCAGUUUAUGUCACAUUUUUUUGCUGCGUAAAAAUGCAAGGCUAUAUAACAGGAACGGAUUUUCUUCUUUAGUCGGAUUAUAUAGAUCUUCCAGUCCGGUAGAGUUGCAAUCACCUUAGAAUCCUUUAGGAUCUAAGUACACAUUCGUUCCUUUAAGCAGGAUGGAUUGUGCGAAAUUGUUUCUUACUGUCUGCACGACAAUAGUAAUUGUCUCACUACUUGGGAAAACUUUCUCCCUUGAAAAUUUGAGUCUAACUCAAGCAGAGAAACAUAAAUUGGACCAGUUUAAAGAAGCCGUUUCAAAAAUCAACUUUCCGGCUGAGUGGAUGCCACAGGAAUUGACUCUGGUUCGAUAUCUGAGAGCUCGACAAUGGGACGUUCAACGCGCUAAGAGUAUGCUGCAAGAGACGGUCGCCUGGUGGGAGGAGAAUAACAUGAAAGACAUUCACAAUGAAGAUUGGGCAGAUGUUGAGAAAGAUUAUCCACACCACACGGACGGUGUCGAUAAGUUUGGACAGCCCGCAUUUGUCUUUUCUCUCGCGGAGUGGGAUCUUCGUGGGGCAGCAGUCACGGGCAGGCUGACCCGCGUAAUCCGUUGGUUCCUUAAAGGAUUUGACGAAGUUCACUUAAAAUCCUUCGAACUUUACAAACUCGGAAGAUCUAACGGAACCCAGCUGGACGUUAUUGCGGACAUGGACACAAUCUCGCGCCAACAGCACCUCUGCAUUCAGUGCCUCCGUUUUUACACCGAACUCGCACUCAUUCUCGAGUCCCGCUAUCCGGGAGUGCUUGACAAAAUGUUCGUUGUCAAUUGUAAGUCAAUGCAAUCACUAUUUAGAAUUGUGUUAUUUCUGGUGGUGACAAUGGUCUGAGUAUUAAACUAACUGGUCGGGAUUUUUACGGAAAUCGUUGUAAUCGUGUCGGACGAAGUCAGAAAGUUGUUUUGGAUGUAAAAUCUCUGUCUCGCCAUCCUCUCCGUCGGCAAGGAAGGCAAUUUUUCCCAGUUGAGAAUCAUAUCGAAUUGCAAAAUCACGUGUUCGAUGUAACGCCA